UACCUUCCCCUUCCACAGAAUUGCCGAACGUCAAGAACAAGUUCGGUCAUUUGCAGCCAAUUCUCUUUGCCAGCUCAUGUUGACGGUUUAUUGAAGAUCCAUCCCUUCUGCCGCCGGCAUGGCUUCGGCGAUCACCCCUGCUCAGGCUGAGCUGAUCAGCUCCCUCGCACCGGAAGACAUCCCAAUCAAGCUCCGAUGCGCCAUCUGCAGCAAACUUGCAGUAAACGCCUUCCGCCUGCCAUGCUGCGAACAGGCGAUUUGCGAAUCCUGCCAAUCAACCCUGCCAUCAUCUUGUCCCGUCUGCGAACACUCGCCAGUAUCGGCUCAGGAUUGCACUCCUCACAAGUCCCAUCGAACCACAAUCAGAGUCUUCCUGAGGACUCAGGAGAAGAAACGCGAAGAGAGUAGGCUCAAGGAAUCGCGCUUGUCUACGCCUACGACGCCUAUCGAUGCGAAGCCUGCCCCGCCAGAGCCUUCCGCCACGCAAUCACCCGCAGCGGAGGCCAUCUCCCAACCUGCGAGCGUCCCGGCUACUCGAGACAAUUCACAGAGCGUACCUCCAGUGGCUCCAGUGCAGGGUUCCGACGCCCCUGCCCCUACUGCAGCGACGGAGGGUGGUGCUCCUGCUACAGCCACACCAGCUCAGAACGGAGAGGAAGACGCCGAGACUCAGCCCGUCGCCGAUACACCUCAAGACAAGGAAGUUUCGAAAGAAGCGGAUGCUGUCGUGGAGAAUGGGGUGCAGGCAGACGACGGCACCGAUCCGGCUGGCCAGCUGGGGUACCCGCAAUCGGCUGAGACCAGCGAGAACGCCGGCGGCGGCGGCGGCGGCAAUCUCGACGUCAACGCCAUGAACGGAGGGUCCUUCAAUGGCAUGAACGGCGACAUGAAUCAGAUGCAGAUGAUGAUGGCGAUGCAGAACGGAAUGGCCCCGAACUCGUUUGGUUCCUUUCCGAUGAUGGGAAUGCCUGGUAUGGGCAUGGAUCCCAUGGCGAUGCAGAGCAUGUACAUGAAUGGCGGCUUUGGUCCUCUAGGCAUGGGCAUGGGAGGGUUUGGCGGUGGUUUCGGCACAGGGCCCAAUAACUGGAAUGGACAACAGUCGUGGAGUUUCGGCCAAGAGAAUUACAAUCAAGCACUUGCUGCUGGGAUGGGAUCUGGUGACUUUGGCGCGUAUAACUCAGGGUUCCAGCCAGGAUUCAAUCAAGGUAAUUACGGACACCAGUUCAAUGACUACCGCCGAAAUCACCACGGCGCCGCCAGGGCCGGUCGUGGACGAGGCCGUGGCUUCUACGGGGGCUACGGCCGGGCCGGAUAUUCCCAGCUUGGUGGUCAGAACGCCACUUACGGGAAUGGUGGUGGCUCUGUCAUGACGUCCGGCCAGGGGGCGCAAGGAGGUCAGGGUCAGGGUCAGGGUCAGGGUCAGGGUCAGGGUCAGGGGGACGUGGAUGAGUUUGGCCGUGAGAUUCGAACGAAUGCCGAGCCCGACAAAGCAGGAGGAGACAUGGUUGUUGCCGGGGACGGCACGAAUGAUAAUAACCAAGGCGGCGCCUCUGGACGGGAUGAUCAUCAGGCCGGGGCCACUGAGCAAACUGAGGCUUCUGCGGAACUAGCAUCUCAUGAUUCGUCUGGUCAGGCCGUUGCAGGAGACAUAGCACGUACCCAGAAUGGUCAUCUCCCCUCUAACCACGGUGGUGGUGCCAUGGCUAGCGGCCACGGGGCAAUGCAUGCAGGCAGCCCCGGCCAAAGCGGCGCAAGCUCUUCGCUUGCCGCCCCCGACAUCCCCUUGAAUGCCCCUACGGGGCCCAAGGCAAUGAGGAGGGGUUUGCCUAAUACGAGCCUCCACACCCUACGGGCCCUCGGUUACCAGAUUAAGGAUGAUGAGGACAGGUCUUCGCCGACGGUGACUAAUGGUGUAGCAGGCUCUGGCGCGGCUCAUGGCCCGUCUCGGAGUAGUUCUCCGAAGCCCGCUAGGGACACCGGACAUGGACAUCAUCGAGAAGGGAGCAGAGAUGGCUCCAAGACACGUGGUAGAAAACAUGACAGGGACCACGAGGACCACGAGGACCACCAGGACGACGAGCGGGACCACAGAAGCGAGCGCCACCGGCAUAAACGUCACCGCUCCGCCUCCAAGUCGGACGAUCAGCGGGGCGAUGAUGAUGAAGAAGACAACUAUGGUGACCGAAGACAUCGGGGCAGGAGGAAGCACGGAGACGACGAGGACGAUACGAAGACCCCCCGGGAGAGGGACGACAAUGACGGGGAGAGGGAAAAGGGCGGGGAUAGGGAGAGGUCGGCUUCCCCUGCUGAAUCACGGAGGUCAAGUCGUCACAGAGCCAGCCGUAAAGAGCGGGAUGAGCGGCGACGCGAGAGAGCCCGAGAUGGGGAUCGGGAUCGGGAUCGUCAACGUGACCGCGAACGCGAACGCGGCCGGGACCGAGAUCGAGAUCGAGAGAAGGCGAAGUAUCGAGACGACGAGGAUGAACAUCGGCACAAAUCCAGCCGGCGUCGAGACCGAGACCGAGACCGAGAUCGAGAUCGAGAUCGAGAUCGGGACAGGGACCGUGACAGGGACCGCGACCGUGACCGCGACCGAAAGGAUCGUGGCAGAGAAAAGGACAGAGAUCGCAAACGCAGGGAACACCGCGACCACGACCACGACCGCGCUCGCGAUCGCGAUAAAGAACGAGGAGACAAAGAACGUCACCGUAGCGGCCGAAAGCAGUCUACCGAGCCACCGACGCCUGUCGACAAGGAGUUGGAUGCUGCUCCUGGCAGUCUCCUCCGCUCGAGCACCGACAACAGGGACGCCGCCAAGGACCGGCGCGAGUCGAGUCGCCGGGAGUCGACGGCCAGCAAGCACCACCAGUCCAGCACUUCCGCGGCGGCGGCGAAGAACACACACGCGCUGGAGCGCGAGGCGCGCGACCGUGAGCGUCUUCUGAAAGAGACGCAGCGCAUGGCCGGGCUGGCCUCCCUCGCGGGGAUCAAACGGGGACGCGGAGGGGACGACGGCGGCGGCGGCGGCGGCGGCGGCGGCGGCGGUGACGAUGGGAAGCGUAGCCGUCGCAAGGGACACCGGAGCGAGGCUCUGAAUGUGGACGACGAGGAAGAGAGGAUGCGACGGCUCGAGGCUGAGCGAGAAGGCGAUCGCUGGGCUUAUUAGGGGAAGCGCCGCGUGGACAAAGCAGGGCCUGAGCCUCGGAUGGGGCGACGUCGAAGCAUACUGCGAUAACGACCACCACUUUUGCCUUUUCGGUGUCCAUAGUCGUCCCACGAUGGUAUGUCGAGGGUAUG